UUAGGAACUGCAUCUUGGUCCUCGAACUGCUUUAACUCCCAGAGAAAUAAUUACACUUAACAAGAACUUAUUACCUACUGAAAAAUAUAAUGACUGAAUUCCUGGUUUGUUUUAAUUGGUGCAAUGGUGAACAGCCCCAGCCGAAGAGGCGUCGGAGACUGGACCGGAAUAUGAUAGGAGAACCAAUGAACUUUGUACACACUGCACAUGUUGGGGCAAGAGAGAUGAGUAGUGACUAUUCCUCAGCUGUAUCAAUUCAGGACCACAUGAAGUCUAAAGGUGGCUAUACAAAUGGCACUUCUGCAACUGUCGAGAUAUAGGAAACCGAGAAGGCUGAAAUCUGCUCUGUCUUAUGAGGACCCCCUGGACUGAGCUUCCAUAUUCUCAAAAACCUCUUUAUCGUGGAGUAGGGAGAGUACUUGAAUUAUAAAUAGGUCAGUGCAAGCUUUGGUGUUCUUUGCAUAAUAGCUUCUGAAGGAGUUACUGCAAAUUAUCCUUAAAAUGGUCUGUCAUGAUAGUGUUGUAGUAGCAACUGUAAUUUGUCACUGUGGAUGACUUCCUAGCUGUGUCCCAAAAACCUCACGAAGUUGUCUUGUAGGAUGGGAUUGGAAGUCAGUAUGAAUUUUCUGGGGUUUUGGUCUCUGUCUCUUUCUCCUGUCAAGAAAUGCAGAGGUUGAUUUAAUUGGAAGAUAUCACAUGUUUGCACUUCUUACGUGGGCCAAACUGAAUUGCUAAGUAGGAUCUCGUAGCCUGUAAUGUAACUUUAGACCUGUUUUUUAGAUGGCUUACAACCUAAUGCAUAAAUCUACUGAGCUGUACUUUGGUAUUUUUUUUAAUGUCUUUUGGUGGUGAACAAACUCUAACGUAAUAUAGUUAGCUGAGUGUGCAAACCCCAGUGAAACGUCUGCCUUGCUGUGAUAAUGCUUUUGUAGCUAAAAAUGGAGGUUUUGCAAACAUACCCGCUCUCGAACGAGGCUUAGAAAAACAAGACAUUUCUCUCAAUUACUGGGCUGCCUCCCUUCCAUGCAUGCAGUAGUGUGACUGACAGGCAUUACUACAACAGAGCUAAUAAUAUGUACCGGAUAACCUCGAGCGGUGCUACAGUAUGCUCACAACUGUGUGUUAAUUUUGCAUGACUACUAUUGAAUUUUAAACUAAACAGAUCUAAGGUCACUCUCUCUGUUACCUAUCUGUUACAAUAACUACACAGGACUUCAAGGGGUAUCUCACUUGUCUUUCUGGCUCCUUAAUUUCGAGAGGUGGUUUUUGUUUUGUUUUUUAGAUAAACUAAAUUUUUUCUUGCAUGUGGUUUAAAUAGGAAGUAUGGUUUAAGUGAUACAGCCAUGUGAAGGACAGAAAC